AAGCUAAAACCUCUUUUGCCCUUACAGACACCAGAACCAAUAUUGGUUACCAAAAAGAAGGAGAAUUCUGAAGAUCCAGUUCCAAAAAUAUCCCACUGGAUUGCUUUCUCAUUAAUUUUAAAUUGACUUUUCCCUUGAGCAGAAAGAUAAAUGAGGAGUCACAUUCUCCUGCAGGAAAAAAGGAACUAACUGACACAGUCUGUGUUGAACCUUGAUCUGAGUUCCACUGGGGAAGGCGACUGCCUGCCUCCUUGGAAGGGAAGAGGCACACUCCCGGGAUUUCCUGGGUUCCCUUCCUAGGACUUGGAGGCCAGCUCACUGGUAGAAGAACAGAAGGAAGGCAAGUUGGGAACUCCUUCAUGGAAAAUGGGAUAUGCUAUGCUGGCUGUGCUGAGAUGACUCAAGAUAAAGUGGUCCAAAUGGGACUGGCCAAACAUAAAGCACCAGUGUUCAUUGAGAUUAAACCCGGGGCUGACACUGUUGGAGUCCAUCAAUAUCCCAUGCCGCUUACAGCUUGGGAAGGAAUAACUCCUCACAUUAGAAAUUUAUUGAGACAGGGAUAUUAAGGUGGUGCCAGUCAGCCUGGAAUACUUCCUUGUUACCUGUGAAGAAACCUAAUUCAAAUGACUAUAUACCAGUUCAAGACCUUUGAGAGGUAAAUAAGAGGGUAAUUGACAUCCACCCUACAGUGCCUAAUCCUUAUACUCUCUUGAGUUCAUUACCUGUCUCCCGCCAAUGGUAUACAGUAUUGGAUUUGAAAAAUGCUUUUUUUAAGCCUUCCUUUAGCCCCUAAAAGCCAAGCCAUAUUUGCUUUUGAAUGGCUGGACCCAGAUGAAGAGAUUAAUGAACAAUUGACUUGGACUAGACUGCCUCAAGGAUUUAAGAACUCACCACCAUCUUCAUUGAGGCCCUACAUGAAGACCUGGGUGAGUACCACCAACAAAAUCCUCAUUUAACUCUGCUCCAGUAUGUAGACAAUCCUCUUAGUGCAGCAGAAAUAGAGGAAGCUUGUCUGGGAGGAAUGAAAGAACUGUUGAAAACCUAAAGGGAUCUUGGAUAUCGAGCAUCAGCUAAAAAGGCUCAAAUAUGCCAGCUCGAGGUAAUCUACCUGGGCUACAAGCUAAAAGCAGGACAGAGGUGGCUAUCAGAAGCCUGGAAAGAGACAAUACUCAGAAUCCCUCCUCCAGAUUCUCCUCACAAGGUAAGAGAAUUCCUGGGGUUGACUGGAUUCUGUCAUUUGUGGAUACCAGGAUUUGCAGAAUUGGCCAAUCCCUUGUAUGUGGUGACUAAUGACCAAUAGGCCUUCCAAUGGAUUGAGACUUUACAAGAGUCUUUUGAAAAAAUCAAGGCCGCAUUGUUGGGCAUACCUGCACUGGGCCUGCCAGAUGUAAUCAAGCCCUUCCACCUGUAUGUGGAUGAGAACAAAAGAAUAGCUAAGGGAGUUCUGACUCAGUACCUAAGCCCAUGGUGAAGGCCAAUAGCCUACCUGUCAAAAAAAAAAACAAAAAAAAAACCGACCUGGUGGCAUCCGCAUGGCCACCCUGUUUGCAAAUGAUUGCAGCAGUAGCACAAAUGAUCAAAGAUGCAGAUAAACUCUACAUGGGGCAGCAAAUGUAUGUGGUCACCCCUCAUGCCAUUGAAGAAAUAAUAAAGCAGCCUCCAGAUUGAUGGCUAACCAAUGCCUGGUUAACCCAUUACCAAGGCCGCCUCAAUUGUGCCAGAGUUAUUUUUCAGCCUCCAACUGCCUUGAACCCCACCUCCCUGCUGUCCGAUCCAGACAUGGAUACUCCACUCCAUGACUGCAGAGACAUACUGGCCCAGGUACACGACAUCCAGGCAAAUUUGAGAGACCAACCAUGGCCAGAUGCAGAAUUGACUUGGUACACCUAUGAAAGUAGCUUUAUGCAUGGUGAACACAGGUAUGCAGGGUCGAUGGUGGUGUCGGAGACUGAGAUAAUCUGGGCUGAGCCCCUCCCUGCCGGGACCUCAGCACAAUGGGCAGAACUUACAGCCCUAACCCAGGCUUUGACUUUGGGAAAAGGAAGAGAACUAAACGUUAACACAGAUAUGCCUUUGCCACUGCCCAUGUCCAUUGGGCCAUAUACCAGGAAAGGGGGCUAUUGGCUGCAAAAGGAAAGACUAUAAAAAAAUAAAGAAGAAACCUUGGCUGUUAAAGGCCCUAUGGUUACUUAAGAAACUUGCUAUAAUCCACUGCCCAGGCCAUCAAAAAAGGUGAUACGUCCACAGCCAGGGGCAACAAUCUAGCAGAUCGAGUGGCCAAGGAGGCAGCCCUCCACAUCCCCGAGAUUUUGGCCCUACAACUUCCUAACCCAGGAACCCUAGCUCUCCCUGAGAAGGAGAAUAUUCUAACUCAGAUAUGAUGUGGGUCAAGCAGUUGCCCACAGCUCAACUGGUUAAGGGAUGGAAAUUAGAUGAUGAAACUGUUCUCCUGCCUAAGAAGCUGGGGGACACUUGCUUUUGAAUCUUCACUGAUCCAUCCACAUGAGAGAGAGAGAGAAAAAUGCAAGAACUGAUCCAGUGGCCCCAAGUCAAAAUAAGGAAUAUUUCCACUAAGGUCAAAUAACUCUCCUCAUCCUGCAGAGUCUGCAAAAUGACCAAUGAGAUGCAUGCCAAAGGCAACCUGGGCCACCGCCUGAGAGGAAACAGACCUAGAACCUACUGGGAGAUAGAUUUUACAGAGGUAUAACCUGGGAGAUAUGGUUAAAGCGACUGAUAGAAGACAUCCUCCCUAGUUUUUCAGGUUCUCCAUAUGCUAUCGUGGAAGUGACUGAAAAAUCAUCACGACAGCCAAACAAAGGUGUGAGCAAGUGAAGUGCACUUUUUCUAUAAACAUGAAAAUCUUCACCCAGAGGUGACUGACCUUACCUUGUCCUUAGAGGUCUGUUCUCUAAAAGCAAGCUCCUGGGUUCUUUCUUCUGGCUCUGUGGGAUGAGCAGGAACAGGUCACUGAAAAGCUGACAUGCUGUGGCCACGGAUAGCAUUCCUUUGAUCAAUGAAGCUUACAGGGAAACUGCAAGCCUGAAAUAAAUGUAAAGACUACUUUGAUCAAGGAGACUCUCUGGACUGCUGUGGGAGAAUAUAAGCAUAUGAUGGAGAAGACACGCAUCCAUAGGAUACUCACGUUGUUUCCAAAUGCCAUAGUUCGCAAAUUAUUGUUCAUGCUGAUAUUUAUUUUAGUUUUCUGGCUCAUUUACUUGACUUCAAAAGACCACCCAAAGUUCAUGUUCCACUUGAGAAACUCCAUCACCCUGAAAUCAUGGAGCCUCUUCGAAAAAUUUCCACACUCUGAAACGUUUCAGAACUCAACAGUUUCACCAACAGAAAUUGAACUGACAAUCAGGGAGAUCCUGGAGAAAAUGGAUCAGCUGAUCCCAGCCAGACCCUUUACCCAUUUGAAUGCCACCAGUAGUGCUGCACACAGCGUGGCCACCAUCCUCAACCCUCAAGACACAUACUGCAGUGGGGACCAGCUGGAUGUCUUUCUGGAGGUGAGGGAUCACCUGGGACACAGGAAGGAAUAUGGUGGGGACUUCCUGAGAGCCAGGAUGUCCUCCCCAUCCCUGAAGGCUGGUGCAUCAGGAAAGGUGACAGACUUCAACAAUGGCACCUACCUUGUCAGCUUCAUUCUGUUCUGGGAGGGCCAGGUCUCCCUGUCUGUCCUGCUCAUGCACCCCAGUGAAGGGGCAUCAGCUCUCUGGAGGGCAAGGAACCAAGGCUAUGACAGGGUGAUCUUCAUGGGCCGGUUUUUAAAUGGCACUUCCCAAGUCCUCUCUGAAUGUGGCCUGACGCUCAACUCAAGUGCUAAGCUGUGCCAAUACCUGGAUGCUCGAGACCAAGAAGCCUUCUACUGUGUGAAGCCUCCACACAUUCCCUGUGAGGCUCUGACCCACAUGAGCACGAGAAACAGAGGCAUUUCCUAUCUUAGCAAGGAAGAAUGGAGACUUCUCCAAAGGUCCAACACAGGGAUUGAAAUGUUGAAGAACUUUGCCUCCAUCAAAGUUUUACCAUGUAACAAGAGUGCGAAUACAGAAAAGAAAUGCCAGGUGGGAAUGAAGACCCCUUUCCCCAGUGGUUAUACUUUGAAAGGAAGUUGGAUAACAACAUUUUGCAAACAAACCAAGUUCAAUACAGCAAAAAGUAUAAGCGACUGUUUGCAAAGAAAACUUGUUUACCUCAUGGGAGAUUCAACACUACGCCAGUGGAUUUACUAUUUAAAAGAUUUUGUGAGAACCUUAAAAUAUUUUGAUCAUCAUGGAACUGGGCUUUUUAAAACACAUAUUCUUCUGGAUAUUGAAAGACACAUUUUGAUUCAGUGGAGAAAACAUAGUCAUCCAUUUGUUACCCAACAAAUAUUCUCUCUGAAAGAUGAAAACUAUAUCCCAAGGGAAAUUGACCAGGUGGCAGGAGACAAAGACACAGCAAUUGUCAUCACCAUUGGCCAGCACUUCAGACCUUUUCCCAUCAGCAUCUUCAUCCGCAGGGUUGUCAAUAUUAAAAAGGCCAUUGAACGUCUAUUCUUACGAAGCCCGGAGACCAAGGUGAUACUUAAAACUGAAAACACCAGAGAGGUACAUCAAAAUGCAGAGAUGUUUAGUGACUUUCAUGGCUAUGUCCAGAAUCUUAUCCUAAGGGAUAUCUUUGCGGAUCUUAAUGUGGGUAUUAUUGAUGCCUGGGACAUGACAGUUGCAUAUCUCACUAAUAAUGUGCACCCACCUGAUUAUGUUAUCGCAAAUCAGAUUGGCAUAUUCUUAAGCUACAUUUGCUAGAGGAAAAAUACAUUACCCAUUCUCAAUUAAUGAUUUCAUAUAUACUGCAAAAAUAGUUUAAUGUAAUUC